AUGUAUACAGUAUAUUGUAAUGGUUCUACAGUCGGACAAGAGUUACUCAAUAUUAAAUAUGGUUAUAGUAACAGAAGAUCGUGGAUUACUGGUAGACAGAAGAUAUUAUAUGCUCUAUUGUUUAUUGGCUGUCCAUGGUUUAAAGAACGCUUGACUGACAUUGUUAAUAUUUUACAUUUAACACAAUGGCAUCAACAGAUUAAUAAGUGUAUAAAAUGGAUAGAAAACAGUUUAAAGUUAGUUACUGUGUGUAAUUUCAUGUUGUUUUUAAACCGUGGAGGAUAUAUUAAUAUUAUAGAGAGAUUAUUAGGAAUACAGUCCUUGUAUCCACACAGUCAAAAUAUUAGACAAGUCAGCUUUGAGUUUAUGACCAGAGAGCUGUUAUGGAAUGGUUUCUCAGAAUUUUUGUUUUUUAUCUUGCCAUUAGUCAACUUACAGAAAAUAAAAAACACGAUAAAAAGAUGGACGAAUCGAAAAACAGAAAAUAUAAAAACUUUAUGUCAACGUUCGGAUCAGGAUUUAAAAUCUUGUGCUGUUUGUUCUGAUUGGCCGAUUAAUCCACACGAAAUCGGCUGUCAACAUGUUUUCUGUUAUUAUUGUUUAUUUAGUAACUAUAAGGCAGACCCAGGGUUUGUCUGUCCAUUAUGUAAUUAUGGUAUCGAAGAUGAAACCAGCCUGAAACCAGUGGAACUCACUUGA